AUGGCUUCUGCCGGAAAGGGUCCCGUAGCCACAGGGGCUUCGCAUGCUGCGCUUCCCGGCCCCCCAACUCCGGCGUUUUCCCCAGACCCUUCUGCCCUUUCUGCCGUUAUCGACCCUGAAAUCGACCCCUCUGCAUCGGAAGCUACGCGAUCAAUCAAGCGUCCACGCUCACCUUCGCUCGGCUCAUCCGCUGCUGCCGCAGACAUGUCCAGUAUUGGCCUAUCACCUAAAAAGAUUGCCCGGCUCGCUACCGGCUCGCGAUUUUCCGAUGCCACCGCCGAAUUGACCUCCCAACCUCCCGAUGACGAUGGCCAAGAACGCGUCGAACAAGAACAUGCGCAUGAGGGUGCCUCCGUGCUGCAGCCCCUAGGCGCUGAUGACUACGCGGCACAGACAGCUCUAUCAGUCCUGCGCGGAGCUGAGGCCCUGAUGUCUCAGAAAGCCGCGUCCGGGACCGCUACUACAGAAGUGGUAGCUGAGGCUGCUGCUGCCGUUGCUGCUGCUGCUUCGGGUGAAAACGCAGGCGCUGAGAACACCGAAGAUGCUGAUGCGCAGAUCACUGCCGACAACGCCACUGCCCUUGCUGAAGCGGCCGUUGAGGGGCUCGCUGCCGGCGAAGGCAAUGUCCAUGGUCACGGUCACGGCCAUAGCGCAGAACAGAUGGGCGUGGACACGCAGCAGAACCGGUCGAACUCUCUGUACGCUACCCCAGGCAUUUCCACACAGACGGAUACUGGCGAUGUGCACGGAUUGGCUGGGCCAGGGGCAUUUUCAGAGCUGGUACCCAAAUCGCCAUCCAACAAGAAGCACAAGUGUCCUUACUGCGAAACCGAAUUCACACGCCACCACAACCUCAAGAGUCACCUCCUCACACACAGCCAAGAAAAGCCGUACAGUUGUCAAGGAUGCGACAUGCGCUUCCGACGGCUGCACGACCUCAAGCGCCACAGCAAACUGCAUACGGGCGAGAAGCCCCACAUAUGCCCACGAUGCGACCGCAAGUUUGCUCGUGGCGACGCCCUGGCUCGGCAUAGCAAGGGUGCAGGAGGCUGUGCUGGGCGACGGUCGAGCUCGUCGGGCAAUUUUGGUGGCGCGGCCGCAGACGAGAGCUUCGAUGCCUCCAGCAUUGCCGAUGCAGACAGCUCGGUCAUGACUGGCAUCGAGUACGACAAUACCGAUGACGACGAGCGCAGACGCCUAAGUCUGCCGGUCAACAAGCUGCCGCAUGGCCGGGGUCCCCGAACGUCCACAGACGUGUUUGGCGCACAUGCACGGACGUAUCCCCUCAUGUCAGACGGACAGAGAGGGCCAGCAGUCAGCAGCCUUUAUCCACCGAGCAUCGACCGCACGCCCCCUGGGGCGUCUUCGACUCCGAGUCUGACAAAUGGGGCGUUGACGACGACAGCAGCCGGAAGGGGCCAUACGCCAAGCACGAGUAUGCCGUCGAUCCCGAUCAGCACAGGCAGUGCCUCUCUUUUCUCGCAGCACGGAAUUGCCGAGAGCCCCAAGCCUCUCAGCCCUGCUGCUGGCCCGGAUUCGAAUGCUCUCCGACCGUCGGGUGCACAAGCACAAUUCACGCAGGCACAGUUCACGCUGCGCAGGCCCAACUUGGCGGAGCCGCAUGACCCGUUGCAGCAGAUCAAAACCAAUGGCCCCAGUGGCAAUGGGGAUACCAAUGCGAAUAUUUUCUCGUCCGAGCAGGGCAUGUGGACGUAUAUUCAGACUCUGGAGAGCAAGCUCAAGGCGCAAGACGAGAAACUGAAGCUGCAGGACGAGCGUAUUGCGCUUCUGGAAGCAUCGAAGCUUGGAUAUGAGGCCCAGAUAUCCAGCCUAACGAAAGGGACCGCCGGCACGCGCAGCCAACCGACGACGACCGACGGCCAAGCACAGGCUGUGGCGAUUUCCGUCGAUCCGGUUCCAGAUACACAGCCGACAAUGGGUCCGCUGAUGGAAUCUCAGAUGGAACCGCCGAUGGACCCGCCGAUGGAGUCGCCGAUGGAACAGCAGGCCGAGCAGCAUAUUGGACAGGAAGACCAGCAGACGGACCAGCAGAGAGACCAGCAAGCGGAACAACAAGCGGAGCGACAGGCAGAGCGACAUGCCGAGCAACAGCUGGAACAACACAUCGGGCAGCAAUUGGAGAAUGCAAUCGUGCAGCAGUAA